AUGGAUUCCCGCGUUUUCAAAUCUUUACUACUCCUCUCUUCUUUCAUCAUCGUCUUCUCCAAAGCUAAUUCUGUCGCAGCAGCUGAUCAUACACUCACCUCAUCAUCGUCUCCAAAUUCAUCCAAUAAUUCUCUGGUCAACACUACUCGUACUACCCACCUCUCUGCAGCUGCAAUGGCGGCCUGCAAAUCCACACCUUUCCCCGACUCCUGUUUCCAUUCCGCCAAGCUUUCCAUCUCCAUUAACAUAUCACCAAACGUCCUCUCUAUCAUCCUCCAGUCCCUCAACUCCGCCCUGUCCGAAGGCUUCACGCUCUUAAAACUCCUCGCCGACGCCGGCGGCGCCAAUCUCGUCGAGAAACAGAGGGGCACCAUUCAGGACUGCCGGGACCUCCACCAGAUCACACUCUCUUCAUUGAAGAAGUCUCUCUCCUGGAUCAAAACUCCAGGACACUCCAAACUGGCCAACGCCAGAACCUCCCUCAGCGCUUCUCUCACCAAUAAAGUCACGUGCUUGGAGGGCCUCAGCUCAGCCUCGGGCCCGAUGAAAUCUUCACUCGAAACUUCCCUGACCUCCGCUUACUCCCACGUCAGCAACUCCCUGUCGUUGCUGCCCCGCCGGAGUCCUCCGCCGGACCACCGCGGUCGCAACCGGCGGCUCCUCGGCUUCCCCUCGUGGCUGCCCAGAAAAGCCCGACGCAUUCUGAGCUCCGACUACAGAUACGAUCCCAGUGAAGUGGAUAUCAUAGUGUCCGCCGACGGCACCGGGGACUUCACCACCAUCUCCGACGCGAUCAAUUUCGCGCCGGACAACAGCGACGACAGAACGUUCAUUUACAUCAGAGAAGGAGUGUAUAACGAAAACGUGGAGAUCCCCAGCUGGAAGCCCAACAUUGUCUUCCUCGGCGACGGAACUGAUCUCACCGUAAUCUCCGGCAGCCGCAGCGCCGGCGACGGAUGGACUACUUACAGAUCUGCUACAGUAGCUGUAUCUGGGCAGGGAUUCCUGGCGAGGGACAUAACAUUCACGAACACCGCCGGCGCCGCCAAGGGCCAGGCCGUAGCCCUCCGGAUAAACGCAGACUACGCCGCCGUGUACAAGUGCAACAUCACCGGUUUCCAGGACACCCUAUACGUCCAUUCGUUCCGACAAUUCUACAGAGAAUGCGACAUUUACGGAACCAUAGACUACAUCUUCGGCAACGCGGCGGCUGUCUUCCAGGCCUGCAACAUCUAUUCAAGAUUGCCGAUGCCGGGGCAGGGGACAGUGAUCGCCGCCCAGUCCCGCCAAAGCCUCGCCGAGAACACCGGGAUUUCGUUCCAGAAUUGCAGUGUCCUGGCGACGGAAGAAUUGAGGUCCAAAUCGAGCACAGUGAAGAGCUACUUGGGCAGGCCCUGGAGAAACUACUCGACGACAGUUUACAUGAAGUCGUACAUUGAUGGUUUCAUAGCCCCCGAAGGGUGGAGUAAAUGGGAUGGGGAUCAGGGCCUCCAUACUCUGUAUUAUGGAGAGUACGGAAAUUACGGGCCCGGAGCCAGCCUGGAUAAUCGGGUUACUUGGGAGGGAUAUCAUCGGAUGGAUGACGACGAUGCUUCUGGGUUCACAGUGUCUGAGCUCAUCGAUGGACAGACAUGGCUGGAUUCCACUUCCUUUCCUUUUGAUGAUGGAGUUUAAUUUUGUUGUUGUAGUUUUUUA